AUGAAGAGACCCAUAGACCUGGAGGCUCCCAUCACCAGGUACUACAGUCACACACACACACACACACACACACACACCUAAACACGGAAACACACAUGCACAUACACGCGGUAUACAGUUGGUAUACCUGUGUAGCUCAGUUGGUAGAGCAUGGCGCUUGCAACGCUAGGGUUGUGGCUUCGAUUCCCACGGGGAACCAGUAUGAAAAUAUAUGCACUCACUAACUGUAAGUUGCUCUGGAUAAGAGCGUCUGCUAAAUGACUAAAAUGUAAUACACACCUAAACAUGGAAACACACACUCGCACACGCGCGCUGGAACACCUUCUGGACACGGAAGUGUGUUUAGUAUGCAAGUAAACACAUUUUUUGCGCAUCAUAAAUCUAGUUUGUUUUCCAUUCUGGACUGGUGCAUGGUACUUACUUCAGCCACUGUGUACAUUUUAGUGCUGAAUAGAUUUCCUCCUCUUCCCAAACCAAUUUGUUAAUUUGGCUGCUGCUAAUUAUUUAACUACAUGUGGCUUUGCACAUUCUUCCUCUAGUCCCUGUGGACGUCAGUAGGACAUUAAAAAUCUAUUCAUCCUCGCGUUUCCUUUGUUUCUGUGUGUGUGUGUGUGUGCGUGCAUGUGUGUCCAUCCUGCCAGUAGUCUGGCUUUAGAGCUGCAUGCCUGGGGUGAACUGAGCAGAGCAGCUAAGCUCCAGUAUUGUCCUUCUGGCUUGAGAAGACCAAUUUUCCAGAGAGUCCUGGUGGCUGUUGGCUCUAGAAUGCCCCAUUCUGCUCUGAAGAGAUGAAGUGUUCUGUUCUGGCCAGACCACAGUCAGAUUACUGAGGCUAGGCUACCGGGUACUCCUCAGUACUCACAGACCAUCUGAGUAGACUGGGACCACACAUUCCAGCCUGGUCCCUCUGCAUCUCUGCAGGAGGAUUCCAUUCCAGGAGGAUAGAAGGAGGAGAACACUCCUCUUUCUCUUCAUCUGUCCCUCUUUAUUCCCUCCAAAUUCUUCCAUUUUCUGCCGCAUACUCCCUCGCUCUCUAUAUUUUCAUUUUCUACUCAUUUAUUUUGCGCGCGCCCUCUCCCCCGGAAUGUUGCGGUCGCUUUGUUACAUACUCACUCUCUCUCUCUCACUGUCUUUCUAGCUGCACUUCAGGCAUAACAAUGAGCAGGAAAGUUUAUUUGAAUGAUGGUGUUAAGGAGGCUGAGUGACUGUAUGGUAGCUGCUGGGUGCUUCUGAUCUGUUGCUGUAAAUCAUUCUCUGUUUCAGGGCCUUCCUCUCAGAUUCUCUGCUAUGUGCCUGGUUGACAAUGGGCUGAUUUAACAUCCCAGUGCGUGCGCUCUCUCUUUCUCUCUCUUUCUUUCUCUCUCUUUCUUCCCCCUCCCCCCCCCCCCCCCCCCCCCCCCCCCUUUGUUGAGCUGUGUUGUUUUUUCCCUUUCACAUGUGGAGACAUUAAGGCCUGGUACUUGGAAUAGAUGUGCUCACAGCUGGGCAGCCAGUGAACACUAGCUAGACACAAUGUGACUAGUUUCUUCUAACACCCUAUGUAUAUUUAUCGCUCUCUCCUUGUCUUCCUCUCUCCCUCAUCCACCUCUCUCUCUCUCCCCUCCCUCCCCCAGUAUUAAGUCGCUUCAGGAGGACUUGUUGGUGUCUACAGCUGAUGGCUACCUCCACAUCCUCCACUGGGACGGAGUCAGCAACGGCAGGAAGGCCAUCAGUCUCUGCACCGUCCCCUUCUCCCUGGACCUGCAGUCAGCACGUGGUCAGUCACACCCACUAUAUACCAUCCUCUCCUCGCCACCCUCUUCCUACCAGUACUCUGCCCAAACCUUACCCACCCCACCUAGCUCUACCAAUCCCUCUCAACCAACCUGAACCUCUACCCAAUGUGUACAUUUGCAUUCAGACUCAAUAUAUCCCAUCCUCUCCCCAGACCUCGCCACCCUCUCCCCACCUUACCUAUCCCCCCUACAGCUAUAAAUGUUUACAUACAGUGGGGGGAAAAAGUAUUUAGUCAGCCACCAAUUGUGCAGGUUCUCCCACUUAACAAGAUGAGAGAGGCCUGUAAUUUUCAUCAUAGGUACACGUCAACUAUGACAGACAAAUUGAGAAAAAAAAAUCCAGAAAAUCACAUUGUAGGAUUUUUUAUUAAUUUAUUUGCAAAUUAUGGUGGAAAAUAAGUAUUUUGUCACCUACAAACAAGCAAGAUUUCUGGCUCUCACAGACCUGUAACUUCUUAUUUAAGAGGCUCCUCUGUCCUCCACUCGUUACCUGUAUUAAUGGCACCUGUUUGAACUUGUUAUCAGUAUAAAAGACACCUGUCCACAACCUCAAACAGUCACACUCCAAACUCCACUAUGGCCAAGACCAAAGAGCUGUCAAAGGACACCAGAAACAAAAUUGUAGACCUGCACCAGGCUGGGAAGACUGAAUCUGCAAUAGGUAAGCAGCUUGGUUUGAAGAAAUCAACUGUGGGAGCAAUUAUUAGGAAAUGGAAGACAUACUAGACCACUGAUAAUCUCCCUCGAUCUGGGGCUCCACGCAAGAUCUCACCCCGUGGGGUCAAAAUGAUCACAAGAACGGUGAGCAAAAAUCCCAGAACCACACGGGGGGACCUAGUGAAUGACCUGCAGAGAGCUGGGACCAAAGUAACAAAGCCUACCAUCAGUAACACACUACGCCGCCAGGGACUCAAAUCCUGCAGUGCCAGACGUGUCCCCCUGCUUAAGCCAGUACAUGUCUAGGCCCGUCUGAAGUUUGCUAGAGUGCAUUUGGAUGAUCCAGAAGAGGAUUGGGAGAAUGUCAUAUGGUCAGAUGAAACCAAAAUAUAACUUUUUGGUAAAAACUCAACUCGUCGUGUUUGGAGGACAAAGAAUGCUGAGUGGCAUCCAAAGAACACCAUACCUACUGUGAAGCAUGGGGGUGGAAACAUCAUGCUUUGGGGCUGUUUUUCUGCAAAGGGACCAGGACGACUGAUCCGUGUAAAGGAAAGAAUGAAUGGGGCCAUGUAUCGUGAGAUUUUGAGUGAAAACCUCCUUCCAUCAGCAAGGGCAUUGAAGAUGAAAUGUGGCUGGGUCUUUCAGCAUGACAAUGAUCCCAAACACACCGCCCGGGCAACGAAGGAGUGGCUUCGUAAGAAGCAUUUCAAGGUCCUGGAGUGGCCUAGCCAGUCUCCAGAUCUCAACCCCAUAGAAAAUCUUUGGAGGGAGUUGAAAGUCCGUGUUGCCCAGCGACAGCCCCAAAACAUCACUGCUCUAGAGGAGAUCUGCAUGGAGGAAUGGGCCAAAAUACCAGCAACAGUGUGUGAAAACCUUGUGAAGACUUACAGAAAACGUUUGACCUGUGUCAUUGCCAACAAAGGGUAUAUAACAAAGUAUUGAGAAACUUUUGUGAUUGACCAAAUACUUAUUUUCCACCAUAAUUUGCAAAUAAAUAAAUUAAAAAUCCUACAAUGUGAUUUUCUGGAUUUUUCUUUCUCAUUUUGUCUGUCAUAGUUGACGUGUACCUAUGAUGAAAAUUACAGGCCUCUCUCAUCUUUUUAAGUGGGAGAACUUGCACAAUUGGUGGCUGACUAAAUACUUUUUCCCCCCCACUGUAGAUACAAUCUCUAUGGCGGCGUUUAAACAGGCAGCCCAAUUCUGAUAUUUUUUCCACUAAUUGGUCCAAUCCCAUCAAAUCAUUGCACAUCAGAUAUUUUUCAGAGCUGAUCUGUGAAGAAAAGAUCAGAAUUGGGCUGCCUGUGUAAGCGCAGCCUAAGUGUCCUCCUUAUGUAGGUCUGAAGUCAUGUGUGUGCAUAAUGUCUUUCUUCAUGCGUUUAUUGCCUCUGCAGGUGGUCCGUCUCUGGACCUGCAGGGGGUGUACAUCAGAGACAUGGAGUACUGUGUGACUCUGGAUGGCUUUGCUGUGGUGCUUGACGAUGGGAGGCUGGGAUUCAUCAGUCCUGUAGCCAGCAGGUUUACUGCAGACGUAAGAGAAAGUGUGCGUGUGUGUGUGUGUGUGUGAUUUGCUGUGGUGCUUGACGAUUGACACGCUGGAAGUCAUCACUACUGUAGCCAGCAGAGUCACUAACGUAAGAACUGUUGGAGAAGGGUGUGUUAGUGUGCACGAUUUGCUGUGGUGCACACACAAUGCAGCAGUGUUCUGUAAGUCAUGUUAAACAGUUAAGCAUGAUGACUGUCAAGGGUUGAUGAAAAUGGGUGAGUGAAAAAAGAAGUUGAGUGUCUGCGUGUGUGUGUGUGCGCGCGCGUCGGAGUGAAGUUUAGUGAUCUAUCUGUGACUGUCUUUGUCUUCUCCAGCAGCUGCAGGGCGUCUGGGCUGCAGAUGUAACAGAUGGCACGUGUGUGGCGGUCAACAAUAAGUACAGGCUGAUGGCGUUUGGUUGUGCCAGGUACGUGUAUGUGUGUCCUGCUGACGUCAGUACAGGCCUCUGUAGCCGCUUCCUAUCUGCUGUUUAACUGGAAUGUAAAUGACAAAAUCAAGAGAUCCAGGGUCCCACUGUUCAGGCAGGCAGGAGAGCUGUGAGAGAGGGAGAAAGAGGAACGAGGAAGAGAGGGAGUGAAAAAGAAAACAUUUGUGACUGAGUGCUGGCAGAUUGCACAAUCCAUGAGAACUCCUUGUCAAGCACACGCUAAAGACAAACAGACAGCAGAUUAUUUCGCACACACACACACACACUGGACUGUAGUGAUGAGUUCAGCAGAGAGAGAGAGAACCUGAGUGGAUUCCACAGCCAUUCUGUUCAUUAAAUGCCUGCUCAUUACUUCAGCGUUUGUUUUUCAUUUAGGAAAUGUAGGCUAAUUAAUUGUUGGUACUCAGUAUUAAACAAGAAUGACAUGAACUUGACUGUACAAGUGGUUGUUAUGUAAUCUGCCUACUUCCGAUGGGUCAGGAAUAUUUAUUCAUUUAUUGAAUUCACUGACUGUGUUUGUGAAUAUCAAUUAGCUUUAUUGGCAUUGAUACAUAUUGCCAAAGCACAAUGUUACAUUAGAAAAAGUAAUUAAUAAUUAUUAACAUUUGUCUGUCUAUCUGUUCUAGUGGUUCAGUAUUGGUGUACAUGAUUGACACCACUACAGGAUCCAUGCAGCUCUCCCACAAGCUGGAGCUCACCCCAAAACACUUCCCCGGUAUGUCUGUCUCUGACUGACCACCAGCUCACACUCCCAUUAGUGUUUACAGAUGAAAGUACACUUUUUAUACAAAGUAGUACGCCCUGUCAGGUUUUACAGUGUAUGGUCAUCACAUUAUGCCUCUUUAUAGUGAUGGUUUUCGUUUUGACUCGAAAGUGCAAGUGAUUCUAUGUAGUAGUUCCCCUCAACACAUCAGUGAUGCAGAACCAUUGGUUUGUUUAUGGUACACUCAUGCCCCCUAGUGGUAGUGGGUGGUAUGAAAAUACAGUACCAUGUAAAAUCCUAUUGACAUUUGAAAUAACCCUGUGCUAGAUUACAUCACAGGGAUGUUUAUUUUACAAUGUCAGCUCCUCCAACCUAGUGUAUCUCUGUUGUCAACAAGUGCACUGUUAAACCAAAUAAACCAUACUACUGUAAAAGCAGGGUUGUGGUCAAUUCCAUCAAUCCAGGAAGUAAACCAUAUUCCCAUUCCAAUUUUCCUCAAUUUAAAUGAAUUUCAAUAUUUCUGAAUUGACUAAAUGGAAUUGACUCCAAACUGUACUACUGAAAAGAUUUCUGUCUGACCAGUCAUCAUGUCUGUAUCGAAUCUCCCUCCUCAGACGUGUGGAACAAGACAGGCGCGGUGAAGCUGAUCCGCUGGUCCCCCGACUACAGCGUUGCCAUGGUGACCUGGGAGUGCGGGGGGCUGUCUUUAUGGAGUGUGUUCGGAGCACACCUCAUCUGUACGCUCGGGGAGGACUUUGCGUGAGUGACAAGACAACUGUUUUUAUUCUCCUACGUCUAUUAGUAUUUUUCUUCCUUCCCCUCAAGUACACCACAGUCGUAGUACAAUUCAUAUCGCUGUCGUCUUGUCAGCUACACUCGAUUGUACGCCAUAGUGCAGACUGCGCUUUCUCAUACAGUAUAGAUUGAGCAAGCAUCAUCUUGAAUGGGACAAAAGAAACAUAGCGCUAUCUCUUCUCUUUCUCUCCUUGCAAUGAUGUAUAUUAUAAACCCUUAUCUGACUAUGGUCUCAACCCCAGGUAUCGGUCAGACGGCACUAAGAAGGAUCCUAUAAAGAUCAGCUCUAUGUGCUGGGGAGCAGAAGGCUACCACCUGUGGGUCAUCACCAGUAAAGAGGAGGCGGAGCUUGUAGAGAACAUGGAGGAGGCUCCACCCCCUACCCAGACCCAGCAGGCGGGCAUACUGCAGUUCCACUUCAUCAAAAGCGCCCUCACCGUUAACCCCUGCACAGUGAGCUCAUGGACAUGGCAUCAAUGCACACACACUCCUGUGCACCAACCAAUUUUGCUUGCUGGGCACUUUCAUGUAGAAUACUGAUAUGUUGCAAACAUAUUGAUUAUUCAUUGAUUCCCUGUUGUCUGUCCCUCCAGAGUAACCAGGAGCAGGUGUUACUACAUGGGGAGGACCGUCUGUACCUGACCUGUGGUGACCCCACCCAGGUCCCAUCCAGCAGCUCAGAUGGCCCCCACACCCCUCACCCCCAUAACCUCGCCCAUGGCCAGGAGGGCAGUCCUCUUCACCACCCCUCCGCCCCCUCACCCAACUCUAUCUCUCAUGGACUCAGCACUUUACUGGGACACAAGCACUGGCAUGUGGUCCAGGUACAACCUCAUAAACUUCUUCAUUCAAUUCAAAUUCAAUAAGCGUUAUUUUCCAUUAGCUGGCUAUCUAGCCAUAUUUAUCUAUCCAAAUUUUGCUUUGAUAUGUUGAUGUAAAACUUGGCAAGUUAUAAAUUAUGUUUAGUAUCCUGUCAGUAAAACUAUCCUGUGUUUUUCUCUUUCGUAGAUUCACAACACAUACCUAGAGAGCAAUUGGCCUAUACGGGUGAGUCGGUGUGGGAAAUACUUCUACGUCUGUCCUUAGGGAUAAUAUUCAGGGUGUGUGUGUCUACAUAAAACCACGUUAGCCUGGGUAGUAAAAUUAAUGCUGUUUUUCCAGUGUCCCACUCUCCUCAUGUGCACUUAGAAGCCAUAGAUAUAGCAUGCUAAUGCGUGAGGUGGUGUGUGUGUGUGUGUGUGUGUAUUCAUUAUUCCCUGACCUGGUAAAAUGAUCUAGUGAUGUCCCUGUGUGUCUCUAGUUUGCAGCCAUAGACACAGCAGGCCAGUGCAUAGCGGUAGCAGGGAGACGCGGAUUUGCACAUUACUCCAUGUCCACCAGGAAAUGGAAGCUGUUUGGAAACAUCACUCAGGAGCAGAACAUGACCGUGACAGGGGGGCUGGCCUGGUGGAAUGACUUUGUCGUUGUUGCCUGUUACAAUUUCAUCGACCAGCAAGAAGAGGUGAGACGACAACAGAUAACUAACAUUCCAGAAUAAUACCACUUUUUUGUACACCACCCUAUUCUGAACAUGUAUGGGUCAAACUUGCAUGGAAAAAAUUGAUUGAGUGUGCGAUUGUUUGCUCACUAGCUGAUUAACUCAGUUGAUUGGUCGAUUGACUGAUUGACAAAGUGAACAGCUGUGUUGUUUCUCCCCUCCCUGUGUAGCUGCGUCUGUACCUUCGGUCGUCCAACCUGGACAAUGCCUUCGCCUCCAUCACUAAGCUGCACUCUGACACUCUGCUGCUCAACGUGUUCAGAGACAUGAUCAUCCUCUUCAGAGCAGACUGCUCUAUCUGCCUCUACAGCAUCGAGAGGAGGCACGACGGGUAGGGGGAGACAAACACGCUUAGCACAGGCACAGGCAUGCACACCCACUCAUACUAAAAAAACUCUCACACACAACAUUAUUAGCAGGCAGGACACGACAGGUACGGAAGAUCACCUGACAGAGAAGGUCUCAGAGGAUAAUCAAUAGUGUUGUGAAAAGAAAGUCACAUGAGAACAUGAGAACAUGAGAAAAAUCCAAUAAUACUUAUCACAUGCCAUUGGUUGGGGCUUUAGCUGGGGGUGAGCUUUGCAAAGGGCCAAUAUAAUGAAUGCUAUUAGUAGUGUAUUGACGAUUGUGUGUGUGUGUCUCUCUCUCUUUCUCUGAAGGCCCAACCCGUCAGCCAGUGUUGAGCUGCUUCAGGAGGUGUCUAUGUCCCGCUACAUCCCCCAUCCUGCCCUGGUGGUGUCUGUCACCCUCACCUCGGUACGCACAGAGACCGGCAUCACGCUUAAAGCCCCACAGCAGGUACUGGUUCAAUACAAACAUGAAAUCCCAUCAAAAGCCCAUCUCUUCAGACAGCACCUUGGCUCUUCUACCACUGCCCUCCCUGCUCCUAUCACUUUUCUUUACUUUGACUAGCAUUGAUUUAGCACAGGGGUCUCCAACCCUGUUCCUGGAGAGCUACCGUCCUGGAGGUUUUCACUCCAACCCUAAUCUAGCGCACCUGAUUCUAAUAAUUAGCUGGUUGAUAAGCUGAAUCAGGUUAGUUAGAACUGGGGUUGGAACGAAAAUCUACAGGAGGGUAGCAGUCCAGGAACAGGUUUGGAGAGCCCUGAUUUAGCAGCUAUUAUGAACAUAGUUUUUUACAUAAUUUUUUAAAACCUACUUUAGUGAAUGUGCUGAUUGUGAUGUCUUUUUAAACAUACUUUAGUGAAUGCGCUGAUUGUGAAUCACUCUGGAUAAGAGUGUCUGCCAUAUUGUUAAAAUGUGAAUAGUACAAAUGUGUGUGUUUCUGGUCGCUGUACCAGGCCUGUAUGGCAGAGAGCAUCAUGCUGAACCUGGCUGGCCAACUCAUCAUGCUACAGAGAGACCGUUCUGGACCGCAGGUACGAGAGAGGGAAGACCAGAAGAAACUGGUGAGUCGCUCACACACGCACAUACACACACACACACACACACACACACACACACACACACGCACACACAUAUAUAUAUAUAUAUAUAUAUAUAUAUAUAUAUAUAUAUAUAUAUAUAUAUAUAUAUAUAUAUAUACAGUGGGGAGAACAAGUAUUUGAUACACUGCCGAUUUUGCAGGUUUUCCUACUUACAAAGCAUGUAGAGGUCUGUAAUUUUUAUCAUAGGUACACUUCAACUGUGAGAGACGGAAUCUAAAACAAAAAUUCAGAAAAUCACAUUGUAUGAUUUUUAAGUAAUUAAUUUGCAUUUUAUUGCAUGACAUAAGUAUUUGAUACAUCAGAAAAGCAGAACUUAAUAUUUGGUACAGAAACCUUUGUUUGCAAUUACAGAGAUCAUACGUUUCCUGUAGGUCUUGACCAGGUUUGCACACACUGCAGCAGGGAUUUUGGCCCAGUCCUCCAUACAGACCUUCUCCAGAUCCUUCAGGUUUCGGGGCUGUCGCUGGGCAAUACGGACUUUCAGCUCCCUCCAAAGAUUUUCUAUUGGGUUCAGGUCUGGAGACUGGCUAGGCCACUCCAGGACCUUGAGAUGCUUCUUACGUAGCCACUCCUUAGUUGCCCUGGCUGUGUGUUUCGGGUCGUUGUCAUGCUGGAAGACCCAGCCACGACCCAUCUUCAAUGCUCUUACUGAGGGAAGGAGGUUGUUGGCCAAGAUCUCGCGAUACAUGGCCCCAUCCAUCCUCCCCUCAAUACGGUGCAGUCGUCCUGUCCCCUUUGCAGAAAAGCAUCCCCAAAGAAUGAUGUUUCCACCUCCAUGCUUCACGGUUGGGAUGGUGUUCUUGAGGUUGUACUCAUCCUUCUUCUUCCUCCAAACACGGCGAGUGGAGUUUAGACCAAAAAGCUCUAUUUUUGUCUCAUCAGACCACAUGACCUUCUCCUAUUCCUCCUCUGGAUCAUCCAGAUGGUCAUUAGCAAACUUCAGAUGGGCCUGGACAUGCGCUGGCUUGAGCAGGGGGACCUUGUGUGUCCUGCCGUGUAGUUCUGGGCUGAUCCCUCACCUUCCUCAUGAUCAUUGAUGCCCCACGAGGUGAGAUCUUGCAUGGAGCCCCAGACCGAGGGUGGUUGACCGUCAUCUUGAACUUCUUCCAUUUUCUAAUAAUUGCGCCAACAGUUGUUGCCUUCUCACCAAGCUGCUUGCCUAUUGUCCUGUAGCCCAUCCCAGCCUUGUGCAGGUCUACAAUUUUAUCCCUAAUGUCCUUACACAGCUCUCUGGUCUUGGCCAUUGUGGAGAGGUUGGAGUCUGUUUGAGUGAGUGUGUGGACAGGUGUCUUUUAUACAGGUAACGAGUUCAAACAGGUGCAGUUAAUACAGGUAAUGAGUGGAGAACAGGAGGGCUUCUUACUGGUUGGUAGGUGAUCAAAUACUUAUGUCAUGCAAUAAAAUGCAAAUUAAUUACUUAAAAAUCAUACAAUGUGAUUUUCUGGAUUUUUGUUUUAGAUUCAGUCUCUCACAGUUGAAGUGUACCUAUGAUAAAAAUUACAGACCUCUACAUGCUUUGUAAGUAGGAAAACCUGCAAAAUCGGCAGUGUAUCAAAUACUUGUUCUCCCCACUGUGUGUGUGUGUGUGUGUGUGUGUGUAUAUAUAUAUAUACACAUAAACACACACACUCAUACACACACACCCUAUGUAUGUGUGUGUGUGUGUAUAUACAGUGGGGGAAAAAAGUAUUUAGUCAGCCACCAAUUGUGCAAGUUCUCCCACUUAAAAAGAUUAGAGAGGCCUGUAAUUUUCAUCAUAGGUACACGUCAACUAUGACAGACAAAAUGAGGAAAAAAUAUCCAGAAAAUCACAUUGUAGGAUUUUUAAUGAAUGUAUUUGCAAAUUAUGGUGGAAAAUAAGUAUUUGGUCAAUAACAAAAGUUUCUCAAUACUUUGUUAUAUACCCUUUGUUGGCAAUGAAACAGGUCAAACGUUUUCUGUAAGUCUUCACAAGGUUUUCACACACUGUUGCUGGUAUUUUGGCCCAUUCCUCCAUGCAGAUCUCCUCUAGAGCAGUGAUGUUUUGGGGCUGUCGCUGGGCAACACGGACUUUCAACUCCCUCCAAAGAUUUUCUAUUGGGGUUGAGAUCUGGAGACUGGCUAGGCCACUCCAGGACCUUGAAAUGCUUCUUACGAAGCCACUCCUUCGUUGCCCGGGCGGUGUGUUUGGGAUCAUUGUCAUGCUGAAAGACCCAGCCACGUUUCAUCUUCAAUGCCCUUGCUGAUGGAAGGAGGUUUUCACUCAAAAUCUCACGAUACAUGGCCCCAUUCAUUCUUUCCUUUACACGGAUCAGUCGUCCUGGUCCCUUUGCAGAAAAACAGCCCCAAAGCAUGAUGUUUCCACCCCCAUGCUUCACAGUAGGUAUGGUGUUCUUUGGAUGCAACAAAGGAUUCUUUGUCCUCCAAACACGACGAGUUGAGCUUUUACCAAAAAGUUAUAUUUUGGUUUCAUCUGACCAUAUGACAUUCUCCCAAUCCUCUUCUGGAUCAUCCAAAUGCACUCUAGCAAACUUCAGACGGGCCUGGACAUGUACUGGCUUAAGCAGGGGGACACGUCUGCCACUGCAGGAUUUGAGUCCCUGGCGGCGUAGUGUGUUACUGAUGGUAGGCUUUGUUACUUUGGUCCCAGCUCUCUGCAGGUCAUUCACUAGGUCCCCCCGUGUGGUUCUGGGAUUUUUGCUCACCGUUCUUGUGAUCAUUUUGACCCCACGGGGUGAGAUCUUGCGUGGCACCCCAGAUCGAGGGAGAUUAUCAGUGGUCUUGUAUGUCUUCCAUUUCCUAAUAAUUGCUCCCACAGUUGAUUUCUUCAAACCAAGCUGCUUACCUAUUGCAGAUUCAGUCUUCCCAGCCUGGUGCAGGUCUACAAUUUUGUUUCUGGUGUCCUUUGACAGCUCUUUGGUCUUGGCCAUAGUGGAGUUUGGAGUGUGACUGUUUGAGGUUGUGGACAGGUGUCUUUUAUACUGAUAACAAGUUCAAACAGGUGCCAUUAAUACAGGUAACGAGUGGAGGACAGAGGAGCCUCUUAAAGAAGAAGUUACAGGUCUGUGAGAGCCAGAAAUCUUGCUUGUUUGUAGGUGACCAAAUACUUAUUUUCCACCAUCAUUUGCAAAUAAAUUCAUAAAAAAUCCUACAAUGUGAUUUUCUGGAUUUUUUUUCUUCUCAAUUUGUCUGUCAUAGUUGACGUGUACCUAUGAUGAAAAUUACAGGCCUCUCUCAUCUUUUUAAGUGGGAGAACUUGCACAAUUGGUGGCUGACUAAAUACUUUUUUUCCCCACUGUAUAUAUAUAUAUAUUCUUUAUUUUCUACAUUGUUGAAUAAUAGUGAAGACAUCAACUAUGAAAUAACACAUAUGGAAUCAUAAAGUGACCAAAAAAGUGUUAAACAAAUCAAAAUAUAUUUUAUAUUUGAGUUUCUUCAAAUAGCCACCCUUUGCCUUGAUGACAGCUUUGCACACUCUUGGCAUUAUCUCAACCAGCUUCACCUGGAAUGCUUUUCCAACAGUCUUGAAGGAGUUCCCACAUAUGCUGAGCACUUGUUGGCUGAUUUUCCUUCACUCUGUGGUACGACUCAUCCCAAACCAUCUCAGUUGGGUUGAGGUCGGGGGAUUGUGGAGGCCAGGUCAUCUGAUGCAGCACUCCAUCACUCUCCUUCUUGGUAAAAUAGCCCUUACACAGCCUGGAGGUGUGUUGGGUCAUUGUCCUGUUGAAAAACAAAUGAUAGUCCCACUAAGCCCAAACCAGAUAGGAUGGCGUAGCCAUGCUGGUUAAGUGUGCCUUGAAUUCUAAACAAAUCACAGACAGUGUCACCAGCAAAGCACCCCCACACCAUAACACCACCUCCUCCAUGCUUUACAGUGGGAAAUACACAUGCGGAGAUCAUCUGUUCACCCACACCGUGUCUCACAAAGACACGGCGGUUGAAACCAAAAAUAUCAAAUUUGGACUCCAGACCAAAGGACACAUUUCCACCGGUCUAAUGUCCAUUGCUCGUGUUUCUUGGCCCAAGCAAGUCUCUUCUUCUUAUUGGUGUCCUUUAGUAGUGGUUUCUUUGCAGCAAUUCGACCUUGAAGGCCUGAUUUACAGUCUCAUCUGAACAGUUGAUGUUGAGAUGUCUGUUACUUGAACUCUGGGAAGCAUUUAUUUGGGCUGCAAUUUCUGAGGCUGGUACCUCUAAUGAACUUAUCCUCUGCAGCAGAGGUAACUCUGGGUCUUCCAUUCCUGUGGCGGUCCUCAUGAGAGCCAGUUUCAUCAUAGCGCUUGAUGGUUUUUGCGACUGCACUUGAAGAAACUUUCAAAGUUCUUGAAAUGUUCCGUAUUGACUGACCUUCAUGUCUUAAAGUAAUGAUGGACUAUCGUUUCUCUUUGCUUAUUUGAGCUGUUCUUGCCAUAAUAUGAACUUGGUCUUUUACCAAAUAGGGCUAUCUUCUGUAUACUCCCCUACCUUGUCACAACACAACGGAUUGGCUCAAACGCAUUAAGAAGGGAAGAAAUUCCACAAAUUUAACUUUUAGGAAGGCACACCUGUUAAUUGAAAUGCAUUCCAGGUGACUACCUCAUGAAGCUGGUUGAGAGAAUGCCAAGAGUGUGCAAAGCUGUCAUCAAGGCAAAGGGUGGCUAUUUGAAAAAUCUCAAAUAUAAAAUACAGUUUAAAUCGGAAGUUUACAUACACUUAGGUUGGAGUCAUUAAAACUCGUUUUUCAACCACUCCACACAACUAUAGUUUUGGCAAGUCGGUUAGGACAUCUACUUUGUGCAUGACACAAGUAAUUUUUCCAACAAUUGUUUCCAGACAGAUUAUUUCACUGUAUCACAAUUCCAGUGGGUCAGAAGUUUACAUACACUAAGUUGACUGUGCCUUUAAACAGCUUGGAAAAUUCCAGAAAAUGAUGUCAUGGCUUUAGAAGCUUCUGAUAGGCUAAUUGACAUCAUUUGAGUCAAUUGGAGGUGUACCUGUGGAUGUAUUUCAAGGCCUACGUUCAAACUCGGUGCCUCUUUGCUUGACAUCAUGGGAAAAUCAAAAGAAAUCAGCCAAGACCUCCGAAAAAUUUUUUGUAGACCUCCACAAGUCUGGUUCAUCCUUGGGAGCAAUUUCCAAUCUCUUGAAGGUACCACGUUCAUCUGUACAAACAAUAGUACGCAAGUAUAAACACCAUGGGACCACGCAGCCGUCAUACCGCUCAGGAAGGAGACGCGUUCUGUCUCCUAGAGAUGAAUGUACUUUGGUGCGAAAAGUGCAAAUCAAUCCCAGAACAACAGCAAAGGACCUUCUGAAGAUGCUGGAGGAAACAGGUACAAAAGUAUCUAUAUCCACAGUAAAACAAGUCCUAUGUCGACAUAACCUGAAAGGCUGCUCAGCAAGGAAGAUGCCACUGCUCCAAAACCGCCAUAAAAAAGCCAGACUACGGUUUGCAACUGCACAUGGGGACAAAGAUCCGUACUUUUUGGAGAAAUGUCCUCUGGUCUGAUGAAACAAAAAUAGAACUGUUUGGCCAUAAUGACCAUCGUUAUGUUUGGAGGAAAAAGGGGGUCGCUCGCAAGCCGAAGAACACCAUCCCAACCGUGAAGCACGGGGGUGGCAGCAUCAUGCUGUGGGGGUGCUAUGCUGCAGGAGGGACUGGUGCACUUCACAAAAUAGAUGGCAUCAUGAGGAAGGAAAAUUAUGUGGAUAUAUUGAAGCAACAUCUCAAGACAUCAGUCAGGAAGUUAAAGCUUGGUUGCAAAUGGGUCUUCCAAAUGGACAAUGACCUCAAGCAUACUUGGCAAAAUGGCUUAAGGACAACAAAGUCAAGGUAUUGGCGUGGUCAUCACAGAGCCCUGACCUCAAUCCUAUAGAAAGUUUGUGGGCAGAACUGAAAACGUGGGUGCGAGCAAGGCCUACAAACCUGACUCAGUUACACCAGCUCUGUCAGGAGGAAUGGGCCAAAAUUCACCCAACUUAUUGUGGGAAGCUUGUGUAAGGCUACCUGAAACGUUUGACCCAAGUUAAACAAUUUAAAAGCAAUGCUACCAAAUACUAAUUGAGUGUAUGUAAACUUCUGACCCACUGGGAAUGUGAUGAAAGAAAUAAAAGCUUAAAUAAAUCAUUCUCUUUACUAUUAUUCUGACAUUUCACAUUCUUAAAAUAAAGUGGUGAUCCUAACUGACGUAAAACAGGGAAUUUUUUCUAGGAUUAAAUGUCAGGAAUUGUGAAAAACUGAGUUUAAAUGUAUUUGGCUAAGAUGUAUGUAAACUUCAGAUUUCAACUGUAUGUUUUAAUUUGUUGAAUACUUAUUUGGUUACUUUGAUUACUACAUGGUUCCAUAUGUGUUAUUUCAUAGUUUUGAUGUCUUCACUAUUAUUCUACAAUGUAGAAAAUAGUAAAAAUAGAGAAAAACCCUUGAAUGAGUAGGUGUUCUAAAACCUUUGACCGGUAGUGUACACAAACAAACAAACACACACACACACACACCUACACCUCAUCCCUCAACAACUAUCCUGGUCCCAGCUCUAUUUGGGCAGUAUAGCCAACUCCUACAGUCAUUGUCCUGCUAUACAGCACAACCAGAUCUGGGACCGGACUAAGUCACACCCCCUGGUAAUAGUUGUCUUUGUCUCGUCAAUAAUACAUAUAUUGAUUGAUUCAUUUGUGUCAUACUUGAUACUGUCAGUGUUCAUGUAGAUCUAUAGCAUUGUCUUACCCACCUGCCACAGCAUGCACUGUGGUGUGUGUAUGCUAACAUGGUGUGUAACUCUCUCUCUUCUAGCUGCCUUUCUGUCCUCCCGUGGUUCUGGCUCAGUGUGUAGAGAACGUGUGGACGACGUGUCGUAGUAACAGGAAGAAGCGCCACCUGCUGGAGGCUCUGUGGCUGUCCUGUGGCGAGGCCGGGAUGAAGGCAUGGCUGCCCCUUCUUUUUAUAAAAAUGAAACACUAUUAUUAUUAUUAUUAUUAUUAUUAUUAUUGUUAAAAUCUUCGCAUCCUUCUAUAAAUUGCAAGGGUUACAUUGAAAGGCUUAAGUAUGUCUAUGUAUUUCAUGAUCUUCUUGUUUGUUCAGAGUAUUAUUCAAUGUGGCAACGUAAUUCUUUAAUUCUACCUUUCAAAAAAGGUGUGGCUGCCCCUGUUCCCGCGUGACAACCGUAAGCCCCAAUCGUUCCUGUCCCGGCGCAUCAUGCUCCCCUUCCACAUCAACAUCUACCCCCUGGCCGUGCUGUUUGAAGACGCCCUGGUGCUGGGGGCAUCUAAUGAGACCGUGCUCUACGACGGCCUGCAGGUACUGUAGUAGGAGUAUUAUAGUAGUAUUAUAUUGUAGUUAUUAUAGUAAUAGUAUUCUCUGGUGCUGGGGGUCUUCGACGGCCUGCAAGUAGGGGGGGGGGCUGAUAUCAAAUCCUAGAUACCAUCUCUUGACGGUGUCAGCUCUUGCACUCUAAAACUUUACAAAACCAAUCUUCUUCUGCAGGGUCCCAGAGAGGGCCGGGAGCCUCUUGAGGCGAUGUUCCCUUACUGCACGGUGGAGAGGACCUCCCAGAUCUACCUCCACCACAUCCUGCGGCAGCUGCUAGUGCGUAACCUGGGAGAGCAGGCCCUGCUCCUGGCCCAGUCCUGCGCAGCUCUCCCCUACUUCCCCCAUGUCAUGGAGCUCAUGGUCCACGUGGUGCUGGAGGAGGAGGCCACAUCCCGGGAGCCCAUCCCCGACCCGCUGCUGCCCACCGUGGCCAAGUUCAUCACCGAGUUCCCCCUGUUCCUCCAGGUAAGGAGGAGAGAGAGAGAGAUGUUGAUGGAGGAGUAGUUAAUAAAUGAAGCCUCGGCUGUGUCUGAAAUGGCACCCUAUUCCCUAUGCACCCUAACUUGGUGUUUGAAUCCUCAAUGAUUUUUAAUCAGUGUAUUGUAGUACUCGGCUGAGGCAACUCUAUGUAUUUUCAACUAAAUUAAUGAAUUAAUUUAUUCAUUCAUGUUUUCUUCCUCCAGACCAUCGUGCACUGCGCCAGGAAGACUGAGUACGCCCUUUGGAACUACCUGUUUGCUGCCGUGGGAAACCCCAAGGAUCUGUUUGAGGAGUGUCUGAUGGCUCAGGACCUGGACACAGCAGCAUCCUAUCUCAUCAUACUACAGGUAUCUAUAUAUACUCCCCUAUCUCAUGGUAUUGUAAGAUUCAUAUCCUAUAAGCCAGAGGCACACAUUAUUUAGAAAUGUGACUGGUAUCAGGGUUGGGCGAGGGUUGGAGCUAGGGUUGGGGCUAGGGUUAGGAUUGGAGCAACUGUAGGGUGAGGGUUGGCGCCAAGGUUGGGUUAAUGUUAGGGGACGAGUUAUGUAGUAAAUGUUUUGUAUUGAUAAUGUAACUGUGUUGUCUAGAACAUGGAGGUUCCAGCGGUGAGCAGGCAGCACGCUACACUGCUCUUCAACACGGCUCUGGAGCAGGGCAAGUGGGACCUCUGUCGUCACAUGAUCCGAUUCCUCAAGGCCAUUGGCUCUGGGGAGAUGGAGACCCCGCCUCCAACACCAACCACUCAGGUAUAGGAAAUAACUAAUUCAAACUCGCUACUUCUCUUCGCGGCGGUGAGAGGACGGGGGGAAGCGGGAGCGCGGCGGGGAUGCAGCAGGGCAGACGAGAGAGGGAGGGGGAGGAGAGCGCAUCGGGAGAGCUCGCGCGGAAGGAGCGGGAGAGAGAGGAGGAAGCAGAGGAGAGAAGCGAGGGGCCGAGUAGGAUGAGAAGAAGAGGACUAGAGAUCUGAUAAGAGGCGAUGCAGAGCGCUCUCGCGUCUCUACGCCUCUUUCUGCGAUCUUACGUCGCGUCUUUCUCUCUAGUUCUCCUCUAUCUCUCUCUUCUCCUUUCCUUCUUGUUCUUGUUCUCCUCUCUUCUUGUUUUUUUCUCUGUUCUGUCUCUCUCUAACUUACAACCCUCUUUCCUCUCUCCUUCCUACUCCUCUUUUCUGUUUUUAAUUGAGUUUCUGUGAGUCACAGAGGGUUUCUUUGGAAAUAUGGUAGAGCAAAAUCUCUAAGCGGCUAGACUAAUCUAUGGGCGUAAUGUUAGAGAUGGUCUAAAAAUACUGUAUAAAGACUGCUAUUAAGGCUACUGCCCCACAUCCGCCUCUCUAUAUUUAAGCAAUAAGGCCCGAGGGGUUAUGGUAUAUAGCCAGGGCUGGAUACAGCGCUUAGCCGUGGUUUAUUUGCCAUAUACCACAAACCCCCCGGGGUGCCUUAUUGCUAUUAUAAACUGGUUACCAACAUAAUUAGACCAGUACAUUUAUUUUUAUUUUUUCAUAUGGUAUAUGACCUGGUAUACCAUGGCUUUCAGCCAAUCAGCGUUCAGGGCUCGAACCACCCGGUUUAUAAAUUGGAUGUAAACUGGCUAUACUGUAUAUUUCUCUUUGAGUAUAAGCCUGCUGUUACAGGGGUUUACUGGAUGAGUUUUCCCCCUGAUUUAUGAGCACAUUGUUUGAAAAGCAUAUUGGAAUUCUAAUGCUUUCCAUAUAGUGAGAAGUUGAUGUGUCCUCUCAACAGGAACCCAGUUCAACGGGAGGCUUUGAGUUCUUCAGGAACCGCAGCAUCAGUCUGUCCCAGUCAGCUGACAGCAUCGCUGCUGGGAAGUUUAACCUACAGAAGACCUUCAGCAUGCCCUCUGGGCCCUCUGCUAAAGGGUACGGAUAGUAUUAUUAUAAUAAUAUAUUCCAUUUAACAGACUAUUUUAUUCAAAGCGACUUAAAGUACAGUGAGUGCAUACAUUUUUAGCAUAUCUGUGACCCUUGCAGGAAUUCUUAUUUUCUGUCUACUGAGCAGGCCAACUACUGCUUGGGCUCCAGUUCAAAUGAACAAUGAUGAUGAUAAGAUAACAUGUAGUAAUUAUAUAAAGGAUUAGUGGGCUAUUAUCUGUUUUGCAUAAUUAAUUGGCUCUUUGUCAGGCAUUACCUGAUGACAUCUGCCUAUACAACUCUCCUGUUGUGUGUACAGUGGGGAGAACAAGUAUUUGAUACACUGCCGAUUUUGCAGGUUUUCCUACUUACAAAGCAUGUAGAGGUCUGUCAUUUUUAUCAUAGGUACACUUCAACUGUGAGAGACGGAAUCACAUUGUAUGAUUUUUAAGUAAUUAAUUUGCAUUUUAUUGCAUGACAUAAGUAUUUGAUACAUCAGAAAAGCAGAACUUAAUAUUUGGUACAGAAACCUUUGUUUGCAAUUACAGAGAUCAUACGUUUCCUGUAGGUCUUGACCAGGUUUGCACACACUGCAGCAGGGAUUUUGGCCCACUCCUCCAUACAGACCUUCUCCAGAUCCUUCAGGUUUCGGGGCUGUCGCUGGGCAAUACGGACUUUCAGCUCCCUCCAAAGAUUUUCUAUUGGGUUCAGGUCUGGAGACUGGCUAGGCCACUCCAGGACCUUGAGAUGCUUCUUACGGAGCCACUCCUUAGUUGCCCUGGCUGUGUUUCGGGUCGUUGUCAUGCUGGAAGGCCCAGCCAUGACCCAUCUUCAAUGCUCUUACUGAGGGAAGGAGGUUGUUGGCCAAGAUCUCGCGAUAUAUGGCCCCAUCCAUCCUCCCCUCAAUACGGUGCAGUCGUCCUGUCCCCUUUGCAGAAAAGCAUCCCCAAAGAAUGAUGUUUCCACCUCCAUGCUUCACGGUUGGGAUGGUGUUCUUGGGGUUGUACUCAUCCUUCUUCUUCCUCCAAACACGGCGAGUGGAGUUUAGACCAAAAAGCUCUAUUUUUGUCUCAUCAGACCACAUGACCUUCUCCUAUUCCUCCUCUGGAUCAUCCAGAUGGUCAUUAGCAAACUUCAGAUGGGCCUGGACAUGCGCUGGCUUGAGCAGGGGGACCUUGCGUGCGCUGCAGGAUUUUAAUCCAUGACGGCGUAGUGUGUUACUAAUGGUUUUCUUUGAGACUGUGGUCCCAGCUCUCUUCAGGUCAUUGACCAGGUCCUGCCGUGUAGUUCUGGGCUGAUCCCUCACCUUCCUCAUGAUCAUUGAUGCCCCACGAGGUGAGAUCUUGCAUGGAGCCCCAGGCCGAGGGUGAUUGACCGUCAUCUUGAACUUCUUCCAUUUUCUAAUAAUUGCGCCAACAGUUGUUGCCUUCUCACCAAGCUGCUUGCCUAUUGUCCUGUAGCCCAUCCCAGCCUUGAGCAGGUCUACAAUUUUAUCCCUGAUGUCCUUACACAGCUCUCUGGUCUUGGCCAUUGUGGAGAGGUUGGAGUCUGUUUGAGUGUGUGGACAGGUGUCUUUUAUACAGGUAACUAGUUCAAACAGGUGCAGUUAAUACAGGUAAUGAGUGGAGAACAGGAGGGCUUCUUAAAGAAAAACUAACAGGUCUGUGAGAGCCGGAAUUCUUACUGGUUGGUAGGUGAUCAAAUACUUAUGUCAUGCAAUAAAAUGCAAAAUAAUUACUUAAAAAUCAUACAAUGUAAUUUGAACUGGAUUUUUGUUUUAGAUUCCGUCUCUCACAGUUGAAGUGUACCUAUGAUAAAAAUUACAGACCUCUACAUGCUUUGUAAGUAGGAAAACCUGCAAAAUCGGCAGUGUAUCAAAUACUUGUUCUCCCCACUGUAGAUAUCUAUACAAUCACUGAGAGAGCACCUAUCAUCCAGGGAUCCAAAGGAAGCUUUGAGUGGCAGCUACUGUGUACGGAGAGACUCUCCUCAAACCAUUGUAGAUUAACUGUCUCAGCUCAGUGAACAGAAACAACGUUGCACAAUGGUGCAGUUCAGUUUCUGAAUUGACUGAAAGUUAGAUGGAAUUGAGAACAGCCCUGGUGGUAUUUGCACUAUUUGUGCUACUGGUCUUUCCCAUCAUACCUGUAACAGCUCUUCCAUGUGUCCUCUCUAGGUCUGAGCGAUGGAGUAAGGACAGUGACUGUGCUGAGAACAUGUACAUAGACAUGAUGUUAUGGCGUCACGCCCGACAUCUCCUAGAGCAGGUCCGCCUCAAAGACCUGGGCUGUUUCUCGGCCCAGCUGGGCUUCGAGCUGAUUGGCUGGCUGUGCCGUGAGCGCACACGGGUAGCGCGGGUUGAUGACUUUGUCAUGGCGCUGAAGUGUCUCCACAAGGACUUCCUGUGGCCGUUUCCUGUCAUCCCAGCAUGCUCGAUCAACUCACCCUUCAAGAAUGGACAUCGCAGGACGGGUGAGGGUCGGGGAGAGGGGUGUUUGUGUGUGACUGUGACUGUAUCUGCCUUCAGCUGUGGCUGUCUGUGUCCCCAGUCAACUUCCCCUAUCCCAUUUCGUUUGUAAGUGUGUUCAGUGUGCCAACCUUGAUGAGUUAGUAUGACUAACUGCCUGUAUGUGUGCGUUUCUCUCACCACCUCCAGUCCUGAGCCAGCGGCUGCUAAAGUCCCAGUCAGCAGACAGCCUGUUGAACAGUGACAUGGACACAGCGCCCCCGCAGGCCUCAGCCUGCAACAGCAACCACACCUGGCUGGACGGUCUGGGGGCACAACCUAAAGAGAUGGACACAACCUCUUCCCACGGGGGGCCACAGACACAGGAGGCCUUCCUCUCUCCACUCACCAACAAAAGUUAGUGGCCCUCUUCUUCUUCAGCAUUCACUUGUCAUCUCUCUCCCCUCCCUUAUUCUUACUCCAUCCCUCUCUCUCUCUCUCCCCCAAGCGGAGGAGUGCAGUAUCGGUUCGGCCACAGACCUGACAGAGACCAGCAGCAUGGUGGAUGGAGACUGGACCAUGGUGGAUGAGAACUUCUCCACUCUGAGUCUGACCCAGUCUGAGCUGGAACACAUCUCCAUGGAGCUGGCUAACAAGGGGCCUCACAAGUCCCAGGUCCAGCUACGGUAAGACUGUUCUCUUCUCUAUUAGGUGCUACAAAAUACUCCUCCACCCCAUCUACCAUCCCAACCUAGCUAGACUUAUGGCUGUGGUGACCUAUUCUGCUUGUGUGUCUGUAUGUUGGUUUCUUAUGUAGGUUUGUGUAUAUCUUGUGUGAUUUGUUACCCUUUAUGUGUGUGUCUUUACGUAGGUUUCCCAGACACAGAUUAAGCCUAUCCUGGACUAAAGUGCACUAAAUGGAGAAUCUCCAUUGAAUGCUUCUUAGUGUAGGACUAGGCUUAAUCUGUGUCUGGGAAUCCAGCCCUUCUGUAUCAUGCCUUAUACCUGAUCUCUUUCUGUCCUCAGCUACCUGCUGCAUGUGUUCAUGGAGGCGGGCUGUCUGGAGUGGUGUGUUGUGAUUGGUCUGAUCCUGAGAGAGGCCACGGUCAUCAAGCAGGUGGUCAACUUCCUGGACAGCCCAGAGGUUCCUCCUGAGACCGUCCAAAGUAUCCGCUCCGGCCUGCUGGGAGUUGAUGCGUGGGCCUCCACAGACUGGUCAGUCUCUUUCUUUCUUUCUUUCUUUCUUUCUUUCUUUCUUUCUUUCUUUCUUUCUUUCUUUCUUUCUUUCUUCUUUCUUUCUUUUUUCUUUCUUUCUUUCUUUUUUUCUUUUUUCUUUCUUUUUUUCUUUUUUUCUUUUUUUCUUUCUUUCUUUCUUUCUUUCUGCUAGGGGAACUGUUGCUGCACAUGUGUGCACGUCUAUGACAAAAAUCCAAUGAAUGCUUGAAAUUGCUAUGAAUACUGACUCCCUCGCUCUCCUCCUCCCUAUAGCCUGGGCUAUAAACCAUUCCUGAACCUGAUCCGGCCCCAGCUGCAGAAGCUAAUAGAGACUGCUGUGGAGCAGGUCCAGCCUGAAGCCUUCCAGCCAGGGGCUUCCAACCCCAACUCCAAGCUGGCUGAGCCCCAGCCUGGAGGCCCCAGGGCGGAGGACAGUAGAGGGCCUGCUCCCUUGGGUCUGACCCUGCCCUUGGAGCCCUCUGGAGGGUUAGUGACAGAGGACGGAGGAGCUCCUGAGGAGCAGGAGGAGCAGGCGGCGGACGAGGGGGCGUAUGACUGCACCCUGUCCUGACGUGCCCUGUCCUGACCUGGGUCGUGUUCAUUAGCCACCAAAUGGGCUGGAACAGGGAGGGACUACAUAAAACGUUUUUGCUACGGUGUGUGCCCUACUGAAUACAGCCCUGUCCUAACCUCUGACCUUGCUGGGCAGGUGAAGGGGUGUGUGAUGGGACACAGGACGAGAAAGAGGAGGAGCAGGCGGAAGUGGAGAGACACACAGGGAGCCUCAAAGACGGAACACUGCAUUGUGGGUCUGGAACCAGUUUGUUGGCUGAUGUGGACCCAGAUAUUUUGCAUCGACCAUAAGUGUGUGUGUGUGUGUGUGUGUGUGUGUGUGUGUGUGCUUGUUUAUGUGAGGCUUUUGUGUGCGUUACUAUACUUUGGGUGUAAAAUAUUUGGAAGCCUCAAACGCAAGAGGAAGCUCUCUAUUUGUUUCUCUCCUGUCCGGAUAUUCAUCCAUCCCAUUGCUGGAGCAGGGUCUGUCUGAGUGAGUGGAGUGGAGUGGGCUUCUUCUGUGGUUAA